GAGGUGAGCUGUCCUAAAGUUUCGGUGGUCGUCGUACGCGCAGUCGCAUUUGGCAAGCGCGGCGCAUCGGCUGCGCGGGAGUCGGGAGUGUUGUGUGCGAAAGUACCUUCGUGAAGUUAUUUGGAGUUUUUCAAUUUCAUAUUUUAUUUUUAUCAUAGGAUUUUUAGAUACCGUUUUCUAAGAUGGCGGAUAUUAUAAUAAACUCAACACAGAGUGUGUUGAAGGAAACGUAUGACUACUAUCUAUGGACGUUAUCGUUGUCAGACAAUCGAACGAAGGGCUGGCCUUUGGUGGACUCACCAGCACCAACAGUCUUCUAUACUCUAAUGUACCUGUUCAUCGUGUGGAUAGGCCCUAAGAUCAUGAAGAAUAGGAGACCGUUCCAGCUCACGUGGCUCCUAGUACCUUAUAACCUGGCUAUGGCGGCCUUAAAUGCUUACAUUGCGAUAAGGCUGCUGACUGCCUCAUUUAGGUUACGGUACAGCUACAUUUGUGAGCCUUGUCGACAGAAAUAUGAUCCUGAUGAAUUGCAAAUAGCAGACGCCGUCUGGUGGUACUACUUCUCGAAGCUUCUGGAGUUCUGUGACACUUUCUUCUUCAUUCUAAGAAAGAAGGACGAGCAGCUGACCUUCCUGCACGUGUACCAUCACUCCACCAUGUUCAGCUUCUGGUGGAUCGGAAUCAAAUGGGUGCCUAGUGGAUCUACUUUCCUGCCCGCUAUGGUGAACAGUGGCAUCCACGUGCUCAUGUACACGUACUACGGACUCUCCGUGUUCGGCCCAGCCGUCAGCAAAUACCUCUGGUGGAAGAAAUACCUGACUGUAUUGCAGCUGAUCCAGUUCACCUGUGCCCUGCUCCUCGGUAUCAACGGCAUCAGGACCGGCUGCGAGUUCCCGCUGUGGAUGCACUACGUCCUCAUCAUCUACAUGAUUUCCUUCAUCAUCCUCUUCGGAAACUUCUACAUGAAGGCGUAUAUUGCUAAGGGAAGCAAAUGCAUGGAAGUAAGGUACGGCCAGUGUCUCGACGAUGAAGAAACUAUAGCUCAGAGGAAACUGAAAGCAAAUUAACAAAAGUACUUCUAAUAUACAUUAAUUUAUUUUAAAUUUAGGUAAAAUGUUAUGGUACGAGUAGCUCUCUUUAGAGGCUUUGUAAAUGCUUAAUAAAAUAUUUUAUUAUAUUCGUAA